UUAAUAUUCAUAAGAAUAUCUGGCAACUCUGCUAAUAUGCAACAUUGUGCGGUGAUGUGUUAUAUUAGGUCAUUUAUCAUAUUUUCAAAAUGCUCUCGUCGGGAUCUGCCGCGAUCGGUGUAAGUGCCCUGGCCGGAACCAAUUCGUACGGAAAUGACCGUAAUGAUGUAGUGGAAUAUGCAAACGAGAGUGGAUUUUUUCAUGCAGAUUAUAAAAAGCAUGAUGAUCUGAAACAGAUGCUGGACAGCAAUAAAGACAAUCUCAAACUUGAAGCAAUGAAGCGAAUCAUUGGCAUGAUUGCUAAGGGCCGCGACGCCUCUGAACUGUUUCCGGCUGUCGUGAAAAAUGUUGUUUCGAAGAACAUUGAAGUUAAAAAACUUGUUUACGUUUAUCUGGUCCGCUACGCCGAAGAACAACAGGACUUGGCUCUACUGUCAAUAUCAACGUUUCAGCGGGCCUUGAAGGAUCCAAAUCAGUUAAUCCGAGCAAGUGCAUUGAGGGUCCUAUCCAGCAUUCGAGUAUCAAUGAUCGUUCCGAUUGUAAUGCUUGCUAUUCGUGAUUCAGCGUCUGAUAUGAGUCCAUACGUGCGGAAAACAGCUGCACAUGCAAUUCCAAAGCUGUACAGUUUAGAUCCUGAACAAAAGGAUGAGUUAAUUACAGUGAUUGAGAAAUUACUUGCCGAUAGAACGACAUUGGUAGUAGGAUCCGCUGUAAUGGCAUUUGAAGAAGUUUGUCCGGAGCGAACGGAUUUAAUCCACAAAAACUAUCGGAAGCUAUGCAACUUAUUGGUGGACGUUGAUGAGUGGGGUCAAGUACUCAUUAUCAACAUGCUAACCAGAUACGCACGGACACAGUUUUCGGAUCCCAAUGUUGAUGACUUCAAUGGUGAAGACGAAUUGGAGAAUAAAUCUUUCUACGAUGAGUAUUCUUCGGAAUCAGACCAAGCGAAAUCAUCCCCUAAAUCUCCCAGAAAAACGUAUUCUCUGGAUAUCGAUCAUCGUCUCUUGUUGCGCCAGGCAAAACCAUUGCUACAAAGUCGUAAUGCAUCGGUUGUUAUGUCUGUAGCGCAAUUAUACCAUCAUAUUGCCCCGAAAAACGAAGUGGGUAUCGUUGCUAAAGCGCUUAUCCGGUUAUUAAGGAGCCACAAAGAAGUGCAAAGUGUUGUGCUGACAUGUAUUGCGUCAAUGUCCGUGAGAAGGAAAGUCAUUUUCGAACAGUAUUUGAAAUCGUUUUUCGUGAGAUCUAGUGAUCAAACUCAUAUAAAACUUCUUAAGUUAGACAUCUUGACGAAUUUGGCUACUGAAACAAGUAUUUCGAUUAUUCUACGAGAGUUCCAAACAUACAUCAGUAGUAACGAUAAAGAUUUUGUGGCUUCAACCAUUCAAGCCAUCGGGAGAUGCGCUGCUUCGAUAAAAGAAGUUGCAGAUACAUGUCUGAGUGGUUUGGUCCAUUUAUUGUCCAACAAAGAUGAAUAUGUUGUUGCCGAAAGCGUUGUCGUCAUAAAAAAUCUGCUUCAGACACAAAAAGAAGAACAUUUUGACAUCAUCACAUUAAUGGCUAAAUUACUUGACUUCAUACAAGUUCCUGCUGCGCGUGCUUCAAUACUGUGGCUUAUUGGCGAGUAUAACGACAAAGUUCCCAAAAUUGCUCCGGAUGUCUUGCGGAAAUUGGCGAAAUCAUUCAUCGAUGAAGAGGACGUCGUAAAACUGCAGAUUUUGAAUCUUGCCGUGAAACUUUAUUUGAAAAAUUCUCAGCAGACUGAAUUGCUUUGUCAAUAUGUAAUCAAUUUAGCACGAUAUGAUCAAAAUUACGACAUCCGGGAUCGUGCUAGAUAUCUGAAACAGUUUAUUUUUCCGGAAGGAAAACAAACAACGCUGGCUCGUAAUGCGAGGAACAUUUUUCUAGCAGAAAAACCUGCUCCAACACUUGAGAGCAAAUAUUAUGACAGAAAUUCCUUCCAGUUAGGUUCUCUUUCGCACUAUCUGAACAUGAGAGUAGCUGGGUAUCAAGACUUGCCAUCGUUUCCAGAGAUAGUGCCCGAUAGCUCGGUUCGUAAUGUGGAACCUCCUCCGGAGUAUGUGCAGUCCAUACAUUCAUUUGACGUGCGAAAGGUAGACGAAACAGUCAACACUGAAAGAACGAAGGAAAAGAGAAAUCAUAAAGCCAGGUCAUUCUAUUCUGAUUCUGAAAAGAGUUCAUCGGAUGACGACAGUAGUUCCGAAUCAAGCGACAGCUCCAGUGAAUCAUCGGGAUCCGCUUCGGCUUCGAAUCGUGGAUCUGAGUCUGAUGAAAAUGAUAUUUCAAAAACUUCUUACAACGAAGUUGACGGAGCAACAAAAUCUAAAGAGGACUUCGAAAUGUUAUCUUCUGGAACGGAGGAUGAGUCUAACGACAGUAGCAGUGAUACUGGCAGCUACGAUAGUACUUCUAGUGCUGAUGGUAGCAAAAAAAGCGAUGAUUCUUCCGAUUCAGGUUCUGCAAAAAUUGAAUCCAAAUAUGCCAAAUCGAAUAGAACUGCAUUGAAAAUAUCAAAUGAUUCCAGCAAAAAAUCUCAGAUCAGCAAUCUCGAUCUACUCCUAGAUUUAGAUGACAUUCUGCCUGCAGGACCUGUCAUGACUCCAUCAUUGGGUGGUUUACUGUCACCAAUAUCAGGAGUCAAAUCGAUCAAUCCUAUUUCUUCUUAUGAAGUUGAUUUAGUCGGUCCAAGUUUCGUGUCUACUCAGUGUAGCGAAUUGCUUAAUAAGGUUAAUGGCUUUGGUCUGGGAAUUACGUAUCGCUUUACACGUGCUCCUAACUUGCACAGUGAGAGAAUGAUUUCAAUUGAAUUGAACUUCACAAAUCACGGAAAUACUCAACUGGCGGAUAUUCAGCUCGGUAAAAAGAAUCUUCAGGCAGAAAUGUCUUUAAGUGAUUUUCCCCAGAUGGACAUUAUCCAUCCGAAACAAUCCUGGACUGGAGUUUUGGGAAUUGAUUUCAAUGAUUCCACUCAACCGGCUACGUUUGAGAUAAAAUCAAGUGGCGGUAUAAAUAAUGUUACCCUGAAAGCACCUUUGGGAGAACUCAUACGAUCCGUAAGUGUAUCGGAAGAUUUUUUCAUGAAAGAAAGAGCGAAACUGAGAGGUAUGACCGAACAUUUGAGUAAGUUCAAGAUGAAUACGGAACUAUCAAUCGAUAAGCGUGCUAUGUGUCAGCGCAUUUACGAGGUGGCCAAUGUCGCUAACAUUCCCAGCAGCGGAAAGGACUGUCUUUUAUUUGCAGGUCAAACAUUAUGUUACAAAAAUCUUGUACUGAUCACUUUACUGGUAGAUGAGCAUGCAGAAAGUACAUUGACGAUCAACUGCGAGAAGAUAGUUGUCGGUUCUAUGUUAUUGAAUGAAAUAAAAGCUGCGAUAAAAAACUGAAUUAUUAUAUGAAAAAAAAUUUAAAACUCGAAUAAAAUAAAUCUAUUAUAUAUUAUAAA